GCGAGGACUGGAAACAAGGCUGGCUGUCGAAACACUCUGGAUACGGUGUGAAACGUUGACGUGUGCGAGGGGACGGGACAUGGUUGACAGCCUGCGACGUUUGUCUGGCGCUGCCUUCCAACUGAAGAGAGCGAAGUCCGUCCGUCCGAUGGCGUCUGCCUUGGUGCUGUGGCUGGCCGUGUACCUCAGCGGGACGUGGGCAGUGGACAAGGGCAACUUCAAGACCUGCGACCAGAGCUCCUUCUGCAAGCGUCAGCGAGCGUUGAAGCCUGGUGAGUCUCCCUAUCGAGCCCUGCUGGAGACCAUGGAGCUGACCAACACCAGGCUCACCCUGCAGCUCAUCAAUGACAACAACAAGGUGCAUCUGCUGCUCGAGCUCUACCGUCUCCAGGGAAACAUAACGAGGGUGAAGAUUAACGAGCUGAAGCCACUGAAGCCUCGCUACGAGGUCCCAGACGUGCUCAUCAGGGAGCCGCCGACUGAGCCCCUGUCUCUCUUGUCUCAGGACGAGAACGGGGUCGUGCUGUCCCUGGGGGUGGAGUCUCAGAGGGUCAUUAUUAGCGCCCGGCCCUUCCGACUGGACAUCGUGGAGGGACAUGAAGUGCUGAUGUCGUUGAACUCGCGUGGCCUGCUGGCCUUCGAGCACCUGAGGAUGCGCAAGGACACUUUCUCCUAUAAAGUAACUAGCACAGUGGCUAGCGUGUGGGAUAAUAUCAAGAGUGUAUUCUCUAGUCAGGCAGACCCAGAGCCCGAGAAGGAAGAGGAGGCUGAUCCAGAUAACCAGGCCGAGACAGCAAAAGAAGAAGAAGAGAAAGUAGAAGAAGGGAUGUGGGAGGAAACCUUUAAAUCACACUCAGACGGCAAACCUAAUGGUCCAUCAUCUGUUAGUUUAGACUUUUCGUUGCCAGGGGUGGAGCACGUAUACGGCAUCCCUGAACAUGCAGACACCCUCAGGCUCAAAACAACAGAUAAUGGAGAUCCCUAUCGGCUCUACAACCUGGAUGUGUUCCAGUAUGAGCUGUAUAAUCCUAUGGCCCUUUACGGGGCUGUCCCUGUUAUGUUGGCCCACCACGCCCAGCGGACCACAGGUGUCUUCUGGCUCAAUGCUGCUGAAACCUGGGUGGACAUCAGCUCCAACACCGCUGGAAAGACGGUGUUUGGGAAAAUGCUGGACUAUGUUCAGGGCUCCAGUGAGACGCCACAGACAGAUGUCCGUUGGAUCUCUGAAAGCGGCAUCAUCGACGUCUUCAUCAUGCUCGGACCAACACCCAAAGAUGUUUUCUCUCAGUAUGCCUCCCUUACAGGCACCCAGUCCUUCCCUCCCCUGACAUCUCUGGGCUACCACCAGUGCCGCUGGAACUACAAUGACCAGGAAGACGUGCAGUCAGUAGAUGCCGGCUUCGACGAGCACGACAUCCCCUAUGACUUCAUCUGGCUUGAUAUUGAGCACACGGAUGGGAAGCGCUACUUCACCUGGGAUCCACACAAGUUCGCAACACCAAAGGAAAUGCUGCAGGGUAUCAUGGACAAGAAGCGUAAGAUGGUGGCCAUUGUUGACCCUCAUAUCAAGGUAGACAGCAACUACAAGAUCCAUAAUGAAAUCCGUUCUCGGGGUUUCUAUAUCAAAAAUAAAGAUGGUGGAGACUAUGAGGGCUGGUGCUGGCCUGGAAGCGCCGGAUAUCCAGACUUCACCCGUGCAGACAUGAGGGCCUGGUGGGCCAGCAUGUUCGCCUACGAUCAGUAUGAGGGUUCCAUGGAGAAUCUGUACACGUGGAAUGACAUGAAUGAGCCAUCGGUCUUCAAUGGGCCGGAGGUCACCAUGCACAAGGAUGCGAUGCACGGAGACUGGGAGCACCGGGACGUGCACAACCUCUAUGGCUUCUAUGUGCAAAUGGCAACAGCUGAGGGUCUGAUCCAGAGGUCCGGAGGAGUUGAGCGGCCGUUUGUCUUGACCAGAGCCUUCUUUGCUGGCUCACAGCGCUACGGUGCUGUGUGGACCGGAGAUAACGCUGCAGAGUGGGACCAUCUGAAGAUUUCUAUCCCCAUGUGUCUGAGUCUGGGCCUGGUUGGAAUCUCUUUCUGUGGUGCUGACGUUGGUGGCUUCUUUAAGUCACCAAGCACGGAGCUGUUGGUGCGUUGGUACCAGACGGGGGCGUAUCAGCCGUUCUUCAGGGCCCACGCCCACCUGGACACACCUCGCCGUGAGCCCUGGCUGUUUGGUCCUGAAAACACGGCGCUAAUCCGUGAUGCGGUGCGCCAGCGCUAUACCCUCAUGCCCUACUGGUACCUGCAAUUCUACCAGGCACACCGCACUGGACAGCCCGUCAUGAGACCUCUGUGGGUAGAGUAUCCUCAGGAUCCUGCUACUUUCGCACUGGAUGACGAGUUCCUAAUCGGGAGAGACUUGCUGGUGCACCCAGUUACUGAGGAGGGAGUCAGGGGAGUCACCGCCUACCUGCCGGGUAAAGAUGAGGUUUGGUUUGAUGUCCACACCUUCCAGAAGCACAACGGGGCCCAGAACCUUUACAUCCCUGUCACCAUCAGUUCUAUCCCCGUUUUCCAGCGUGGGGGCUCCAUUAUUCCCCGGAAGCUUCGAGUUCGCAGGUCAUCCUCCUGCAUGGAGCACGAUCCCUACAGUCUAUAUGUGGCUCUUAACCCCCAGAGAACUGCCGAGGGUGAGCUCUACAUCGACGAUGGCCACACCUUUAACUAUGAAAAGAAGGAAUUUGUGCAUAGGAGGCUUUCCUUUGCCAACAACCUUCUCUCUUCUGUUGAUCUGGCCCCAGAUGCCCAGUUUACUACCCAUUCCUGGAUUGAACGUAUUAUAAUACUGGGAGCGAGUAAGCCCAGUAAGGUCACCCUCAAAACUGCUGAUGGUCAGGAGAGCCACAUAGAUUUUGAGUUUGAUGCCUCCAUGUCUGUGUUGACGCUCCGCAAGCCCGGCAUGAACUCAGGGGCAGACUGGACAGUGAUGUUGCAGUAACCACGGAGGAGGAGCAGGAGUAGGAAAUGACUGAAGUGGACUGAAUGGGAGGAGAGAGGAGUGAGGGCACUAAUACCUAAGACUAACUAAAGCAAGACAACAGGAUAACCACCAUGGAAAAUAAUAGGACACACACACACACACACACACACACACACACACACACACACACACACACACACACACAUAGACCACAUUACAUCUCGGCUUUGUCCCUCUUCUCUCUGUUCAGUCGCACUGUAAUACCUAACAAAAAGGGGUUAAUACUAGAUAGAUAAUUAUGUUUGUAAAUUUUUUAGAAAGCUCACAAAUGAGUGACAAAACCAUGACAUUGUAACGAAUCUUUUGGGUUAGAAAAAAUAUUCAGGCACUUUUUGUUGUGUGAUUGUCGUCUUGGUUUUCCAUCACAAGAAAAAUCACUGUAGGGAGAUAGUUUGCUAAUUAAAAUGAAGGCUCACACUCACAGCACAUGGUCCACCUGCUGGUGAUACCCUGUAUCUGUUUCUGACCUGAUGCCGAUCACACAUUCAUUCCAUUCCUCUUAUUAAGUAAAGCACUUCAAUCAAGGCAAUUAAGUGCUCGACCUUCUUUACACGCACCAUAAUUCGUAAAUGUGUGUGUGGGGAGUUUCUUAAUUUUCCUGAUACUGAAAAAUAUAAAGAAAUGAUCGACUUUCUUACCAAUGCUGGUUAGUUUAUUAUCGUUUAGCCUCUCCCUGAAUUUUAGUGAUUGAUGUGCAUGGAAAUGACUCAUUAUCACAGCGUCACUAUACAAGUGAUCGGGUCAUUCUCGCGGAGGGUGUAUUCAGCUGUUUUGAACAAACUUGGCUAUGAGAAUCACUUCAGGGGACUGAAGCACUGACAGUGUGGAUCAUCCUGAUAAUGUGCUUUUUGUUUUUCUUUUUCAGCAUUGUUUACUAGACUAUGUUUAAUGCACUUGAGGAAGAGUGAGAACUUAAAAGUUUUUUAGAUUUUCAUGUGUUACUUUGUCAGGACUGUCCAGGAUUUCCAGUGCGUCAUUUGCAUCCUAAUGAGCAGGUUACAUUUAAUUCUUGACAGGUAUUUCUUGUGCAAAUAUCUAUGUAAAUUUCUUUGAUUUACAUAAAAAUCCAUUCUAAAUGCACACUGAUCAGGCAUGACUGUUCAAAUGAUUCUCUAGAGCCUCUGGUUUAUGUCCAAUCUUGUCAAAUCAUGUCUAUUUUUAGAGGGUUGUUUGUUCUGAGUUUCUUAUAAAGUUACAUGUUGAUGCAGUUUUGUUUGUGAUGAUUUGAAGUGGUGAAAAUGGAAGUGAAGGAACAAAUUUCAGCUGUCAAUCAAAGUUGUCAGAUGUACUUUAAAAGUUGAGACCAAGUGAUAAUAAAGUCGACCAAAUGUGAAAGAA